CAUGUCUCUUCAUCUCGCUUCCUUCUUUCUCAUUCUGCAGCUGUCCCCACCGCCCACUACCACUCCAGCCCCCAUCUAGACAUCUCGGGUAGCCCUCCUGCACUUUGCACCUCUCCAUCUCAGCAGCACCACUUUCUUCUCUUGUUCACACUCCAUCCCCACUGUCGCCGACACUCUCAUCGCGACACUCCGGUCCAGCCCACCCCUACAACAGACCCGCCCGUAUUCUGACAGCACAUCCGCGCCUCCCAAACUUAAGCUAGCAUCCGCCUGUGUGAGUGUAAAUUCCUUGGUCCCGCUGUCACGUGUGUCUCUUUCAGUGUCGUAUGGGAUGCGCUGUAGGGGGACUCUGAGAGGUGACGGGCAGAGCGAGCUCUCAACUGUAGCACCGCCCACGUAUUGCGCCCCGCAGACGUCUGCGGGAGGUCAGACGAGCGGCUGGGAGACGGGCCAGGAGCGUAUCAACGCCGGGCGCUGGACUUGCUUGCGUAGGAUUGAAGACUUCUUCGGCUCUCCCUGGUAUAUUAAUGUGCCUCCCUGGUAUAUUGAUGUGCCAUAUUGGACAUCUCCGUGGUUUCCGAUCACUGUUGCUCUAUCCCCUCCACACAAGACACAAGUCUGCCUCUUCACAGCCUGUCUCGUCGAGAGCAGAAUGUUCUAGUGGCAAGCGAAGAGUGGCAAACGGAGCUUUUCUCUUCUGCCCUUUCGCCUCUCCAGACGUGGACAUUUGUGGGACACGCGGUUCCAUACGCGGAUCGCUCAAAGGCCCAUGGUAAACUACUCCUUUGCACAGUGAUAUGCCCCCGUGUAUCAGCCUGUCCUUUGCUCUGUGAACUCUGCCUUUGCUCGCUUGGUGGCUGUUUGGUCCUCAUGCUUCCCAUGAGGUAAUGUACGAGAACAGGGGGAUGAUAGAGUGAUCUUCUUCACCUGCGCCGCAUCUCUCAUACACAUGUUCUUUCAGAUCGUGUGAUGGGGCUUUCUACGUUGCCGGCGUCUCAGGUGUGCCAAAGGCGUUGUUGAAGAUGGCCAAAGCUACUUAACAGAAGCAUGUUUGCCACUGGACUGUUUACGCAAGUCUUUCCAUUGUCCAACGCGAUCCAGUGGCAACUUUGCGCUUUCGUGCUUUACUCUGCUUCGACUACCCGAGACACGAGCCUUGCGUCCAUCUGCGACCUCGCUUGCCCACUUGCUUGGCAAGACCCCUUCUCCCCGGCGGCGUUUGAUCAGCGAUCUGCGAUCGGGGGUGCCGAACCAAACAAUUUCAUCCGCUGACCAUAAAAUCUUUCCGAUGCCCUCUCCACGAUCCAUCAACCUCCCCCUCAUCGUUCCCCAUACCCCCUCUUAUCGACAACACCCCAAAUCCCUCCCCGAACCACCUUCCCCGGACGAUCCUGCUAUCACGCGACCGAACUAUUUCUCUGCUCUCUCCAUCUCGCCACACUGCAAUCCUGCACUCUCGUCUCGGUCGCGGGCACCACGCUUGCCUCCUGUCGCUGUAUAUUCUGACUCACCGACUCUUGAAUCGGAUUCAUUUUUUAGUCCAUCAGAUUCAGAAACAAUGUCUUCUACGUCAGCUUCCGGUCCUCUCAAGCGCAAGGUCGUCAUCAUGGGAUCCACCUCAGUCGGCAAGACCUCUUUGACCCAACAGUACAUUGCUCCUCCCACGUACACUGCAUCUUACUAUCCCACCAUCGAGGACACGUCCCACAAGAUCGUCAAGCACAAGGGUGUAGAGUACGAUAUGGAGAUCAUUGAUUCUGCUGGUUUGGAAGAGUACUCUUUGUUCCCUGGCAAGUACGCCGUCGGCGUCCAUGGGUACAUGCUUGUCUACUCUAUCGCAUCGCGGCAGUCAUUUGACAUGGUGCCCACGAUCUACGACAAGAUCCUCGAUUACGCCGGAUUAGAGAGCGUGCCCCUUGUCAUCGUUGGCCAGAAGACGGAUCUGAGGGACCAAAGAUCCAUCACCAAGGAUGAAGGCGAAGCGCUGGCCAAGAAGCUCCAUGCUGGUUACGUGGAGUCGAGUGCCAAGGACAAUAAUAAUGUCGGCGUCGCAUUUGAAAUGCUUCUCAACGAGAUGCAGAAGGUGUACAACCCCGAGCCGGAGAAGAAGAAGUCCGGCUGGUGGCCCUUCUAAUCUCGGAUGCUUAUGGUAUCUCUCUAUCAUUCUUCCCGUCGAUGGCCCAACCUUGUGUCAUUUGUCUAUUUCAGUCGCCCUUCCUGCUCCCUUCUAAUCUAAUCGUAUCGCUCUUUGCUUUUGUAUGUGCCAUCACCGUCUCUCCCCUAUAGUCGACUAGCUACUCUUCUUUCCCUCUUUGACUGCAACUUCAUCGUGACCGUCCCCGUGACGCAUCCUAAUCAUGUGAAUUCUCAGUCAUGCACAAUAGAUUUCU